AUGGAUGGAGGAAAGACGAGGAUAAAGCUCGACAAUCGUCUUCGAGUACUCAUCGAAAACUGCGUCAAAACUCGCCAGCGAUCAGUCCUCUGUCUUGUUGGCGAGCAGGGAAGGAAUCAAGUCGUCCACCUUCACAACUUUCUUUCGAAAGCGACCGUCAAAGCCAGGCCGAAUGUCCUCUGGUGUUACAAAAAAGAGCUCGGCUUCUCGACGCACCGAAAGAAGCGAAAGAAGAUGCUGGAGAAGCGGCUAAAGGAUGGAAUUACAGAAAUCAAUGAAAAUGACCCCUUCGAACUCUUCAUCUGCGGCACUGACAUUCGCUGGUGCUACUACAAAGAUACUCACAAGGUGUUGGGUAAAACUUUCGGAAUGUGCGUCCUUCAAGAUUUUGAAGCAAUGACGCCAAAUUUGCUUGCUAGAACUAUCGAAACUGUUGAAGGAGGCGGAAUGAUUGUUUUCUUGCUAAAAAGUUUGACAAGUAUGAAACAGCUCUAUGCUCUCACAAUGGACGUACACGCGAGAUACAGAACAGAAGCUCACCAACACAUCAAACCAAGAUUCAACGAGCGAUUUAUCAUGUCUUUGAAGUCGAACAACAACUGUAUAUUUCUUGACGACAAGUGGAACUUCCUCUCCAUCUCCAACGCCAUGAAAGUCCAGCCCAUAGGUCUUGGUUGCCAAAAUUUUCUGCUCAACUUUAACCCGUAG